UCAAGUUAGUUGAGCACGGUUUAAUCUGGAAACGCAUUAAUAUAAUCUUUUUAAAUAUUUAACUAAUACCAAAAUACAAAAUGCUAAGGAAACGAAAAUUAUCUAAUCUACACAGGAGAUGUCGUAUUUGUUUAGAGGAUCACGAUUGUAUGAGUAAUUUAUUCGAUGAUGGUCUACAAUCGCAAAUCAAGGAUCUCAGCAAGUGUACCUCCAUUGAUAUUAAAGACGAAAAAGGUUGGCCCAGUGUUUUAUGUUAUCAUUGCUUAUACAAAUUGAAUAUGUGGAGUGAAUUUAAAAUACAAUUUAUACAAUCUAAUGAAUUAUUGUUGAAUCAUUUGGAAUUAUUCGAAGCAUCUGAUAAUAUGGUAAUGCAAUAUAAAAGAAAACUUUCAGGAUUAGAUCAGAGUAGUGAUGAAAUAUUAUCUGAUACUAAUGACAAGAAAAAGUUAAAAUCAGAAGUACCUCCGUUAAUACCAUUGGAAUUUGCAAACGUAGAUUGCGUAACAGAUAAAAAUACAUUGAAAGAAAUGUAUAUAUCUGAGGAUGAGCCUGCAUCUUCAAAAGAUUCAUCUCCAAAGGCUAAUGAUAAUAUCGGUAGGGAUAAAUUUGAAGGAACUAAUGAAACGGAAGGGAAUACUCAAGUAAAACCAUCUUUAGUACCGGUCAGAGUUAAAUCUUUGAGCGUUAAGAAAGGUAGAACGACGGAAAGAAGAAGAGCUUCUACCAAACGUUGGGUAGCAAGAAAAAAAGCUCUUUUAGCAGCAACUGGAGAACGUGCAUCAGACACUGAUUCUAUUUCUGAUGAUCAAUUAUCACCUGUACAGAAAGCAAGAGCUAAAACAAAUGCUGAUAAAGAAGCUGAGAGACAAAAACGAUUAGCCAAAGCAUUAAGAAAUUUAGAAAGUAAUAUAAUUAAAUAUGCUAAUAUAAAUAAAGAUGAUAGCGACAACAUUAGCAUCGAUACAGAUUCAGAUUCAAGAAAAACAAGAUCUCAAACAGCUGUUAAUAGCGAUGCUGUAUCCAGUGAGAAUAAAAGUCCAUCUACUAAGCAAAAUAAUAUAGAAGAAAAGAUAACACAAAAUAAAUCAUAUUUAGAAAAUGCUGUGGAAAAAGAUAAUUCUUCUAUUUUUAAUCAAGAAUGCGAUAUUACAGAUGAAUCUACAAAAAAGGUUCAAUCAAGUAACGAUCAGGAUGAGUUCUUACCGCAUUCAGUUAAAUCUGAAUUAGAAGUUGGUGAUACGAGAUAUAUCGUAACAAUGACAUUGGAAUUAUCUACACCAGAAUAUAAUAAUAAAAUGCACUUAAAUAAUUUACCUAAAGAAUCCAAAAGUUUAAAUAUGGAUGAAAAUAGUCAAGAAAAAAAUACAGAUAUCAUUGAUGCUGUACAAUUACGUAGGAUUCAUCCAACGACAAAUGAUUCUAAUGAUAAAAAAUUUAUUGAAAAAUGUUUGAACAUAGAAGUUGAGGGAAAGGAAUUAGAAGUUUUGAAACAAAUUCAAUACGAAUUGACUGAUUUUAUUGAAAAAAAAGUGAAAUAUAGAUUGUUUGAAUUAACUAGCAAUGAUUUAAAUAAUGAAGAAAAUUUCUACAGUUCGUCUUAUCAAGCAUUGGAUCAAAAAUUAAAACACAUUAUUGAAAAAACUAUAAAGAAAAAUAUGGAAAGUUCAUUUAAAUCAUUUGAAUUUUCUAAUAGCCAAUCUAGAACCGUUUCAGCAGAAUUUGCUAAAUCAGCAAUGGUAUCAGAGAAAUUUCAACCUACUGUUAUAUUAAAGGCUUUAGAUUUUGUUGAGGAAAGUAAAUUUCAUAAUAUUAAUAAUUUACACAUUCUCAAUAAACGUAAACCUAUAAACAAAAUGAACAAUCCUUAUGAAAUUUUACAUCAUAAAAGAAAAAGAGUGCCAUCUAAAAAAUACAAUGAUUACAAUACAUCUACUAUGGAUUCGGAUUCCAAUGAAUCUGGAGAAAUAAUUCCGCGUAAAUUAUCGUCUAAUCCUAAAGUAUAUUCAGCAUCUGUUAAAAAAGAUGUUGAAAAACAAAGACUUCAAAAAAUUUCAGAACAUAAUAUCUUAACAACAUCAACAUCCGUUGCCAAAAAAUCAACAGUUGCAUUACGACAAAAUAUUGAAAAUCGUAACAAUUCAACUAAUAUCAAUUCGAUGAUAACAAAUACAAGACACACUUGCGGUGUAUGUAAUUUAUCUUUCAAUAAUCGUUCAGAGAUCGAGAUACAUAUGAAAUUGCAUAAAGUUGACAAUACUGUUUCACGACCGAACAAACAUAAAAUGAUGCGUUGUAAAAGAUGUCAUGAAAUUGUUGAAGCUAGAUUUGUUAAAUCGCAUGUAUGUCGUUCAAUGAAGCAAAUGCAUAAAUGUUACAUAUGUAAUUUUGUAUUUAGAACAGAAAAGUCAUUAGCAAAUCAUUUAGAAAGUCACGAUCAAUCUGAAUUUAAUAUUGAAAAUGUAACUAAAGUUGAUUCUAAAAAAUUAUCAGAUACCAAUAAUCGAAACGCUUCAGUACUUGGUACUGCAGUUAAAGAUCAAAUUAAAAAAUCAGUUGUAGGUACUAAUGUUAAAACAGUAGAAAAUACUACUGCAUUAGAAAAUAUGAUUAUUUCUAAAGGUGCAAAAUUAGAUGGAGUUAAAGGUAUUGAAAAACCUAAAAAUACUUAUACUUGUUUUGUAUGUGAUAAACUUUUUACGGAUGAGGAAGUAUUGAAAGAUCAUUUAGAAAAACAUUGUGAAGAGAUGAGCGAAGAUGAACAUAGUACAGGAAAAGAACAAUAUCAAUGUGCAAUUUGUGGCGCAUCUAUGGAAUCUGAGGAUGCACUUGAGGUACACGUAGAAAAACAUCUUUUCGAUGACGAAGACGACAAUCCUAAUCUUAUUACGAUAGGAGCUGAGAAUGAUAAAAUUAAAGAAUCGUCUUAUCAAUGUUCACAAUGUUCAGAAACAUUUAAUUCAGAAAUAUUAUUAGAAAUACAUGUGCAAGGACACGCGGAAGAAUCUGCAAUAGAAGAAUGGGAGAAACAAGGAAUGAAGGCAUACGAAUAUCAAUGUAUGAUUUGUGAUGAAUUAUUUGAGACUGAAGAAGAAUUGUCUGAACAUUUGGAUGUACAUAAUAGCAAUGCUCAUGUAUGUCAAUUAUGCGAAAAACCAUUUUCAACGCUUUUAGAUUUACAACAACAUGUUGCAACUCACUGAUAUAAAUAUGCAUCUAUACUUUUGAUAUAAUUAUAAUAAUUGUUAUAUAUUAAUGUUAAUCUAAUAUAAUGGCAUACGAUUAAAAAGUUACAUGGGUUUUCUUUUUUUUUCUUAUGUAAAAUUAUGUAAUGAAGAUUAUUGUUAAUAUAAAUGGAUAAGAAGUUAAAGAAACAUAGAAUACAGAAUUGCAUAUAUAUACACAUGCAUUCAUACACUU